GGCUCAGCCUGAGGCCAGUGAGGGUCUAGGGAGUCCUGCCCAAUGGCAAUGUUGAAUGUGGUUUCACUCUGAACUUCAAGUUCAACUCUUGACAACUUCAAAUUUGGGCCUUUACCUACUGAACUUCUAUGUAAGUUCUAAAGCUUACCUUAGUCUGUAUGGCCAACAAGUCUUCAAAUUGCCACUGGCACAAGGUUCCCAAGUCUGGUUGAUGGAGGCUGAUUCCUUUCCAGAAUAACUCCUGCCACUGCAUCUAGGUAUACGAUUUUGUCAUGUGCGUUGGUCAGUGCGGGGAUCAUAUGUUGGCUGAGCGGCACGUUGAUGUAGUUCCUGAACAACAUGCAGAGGGUUAGGUGAACGGAGCACUGUGAUAAUUUUCCUCAUUGGCGGUCAUCUAGGAUAAUUUGCUUUGGUUGCUGGGGCCCACUUUGGGUAACUUACACAAAUAUCAUCUGUGCAAAAAGGCAGCUUCAACCUGUGCGCCAAGUAGUGCAUUGGAGCAAUGGAAGAAAGACCUGGUGAAGAUGCAGAUGCGCCAGACAUCAACAUGGGCUCGCACGUUAGCUCGCUGGUUAGAGUCCGAGACUUCAAAUCGGAAGGCGCUGAAUUCCUGGAAAACGCAAAAGAUAUGGUUCACGAGUGUUUCGAACAGGGCUUUCAGCAAUUUCAAAAGGUCAUAAACGAGGACCAGUCCUUAGGCUUGAGUGACGAGGCUAAGUUUAAAAUAUUUGAGGAUAUCGAGGAUCUAUACGAUAAUCACGUGCAAGAAGCACUAGAUUCCAGCCUUGCGGACUGGGAGCGGGAUGCGCUCCGCAAGGUCUUUGCUCUGCCGCCAGCUCUUCUCCUUCCUCAGCCUCAGGCCCCUGGAGCUUCAAAUGGUGCUGUCUACAACCCGGCAGAGGAGCAAGCGCUUGACGCCGAGCUUCAGGAGCUGCGGGAGAGGAUCGAGCAGACUACCGCCUCGUCCGCUGGGCUAAAGAAUCAGCUGCGUGCGACUGAUCGAGAAAUCAGCCGGUGCCAACGGGAGGCUGAAAGCCUCAAGACGAUUGUGGGUUCCGCUGAGGGCGACGCUGUUGGAGAGGCGGCCCGUCAGGUUGCCGGCAUGGCCGCGCGGUUACAACCGCUGCUUGCCAAAGCGGAGCAGUUACGGAGCCAGCGGAGGGGGCCUCUAGCCAGGCUUCGGGACAGAAAACCUGCCGUAGCUGGCUCUGACCGAGGUUGGUUAGACAAGCUGCAAAUCGGGGGCCCAGAGGAUAUCGCGCUCCUUCGAAGUACGUUUGGGGCGCAGCCAGCGGUUUCGCAGUCUGUGGUUUCAACGAGGUCCGAAGAAGUCUCAAAGUCGCAGCCCAGCGUGCAACAAUGACACAGCAGUGCAUUGAAGUAUGUUCGUGUUAGUUACUACACCAUCCGUUUGUGGGAAAGAAAGGGGUAGAUUACAACUGUCACAUGAAGUGUUGGUGUAUUUAAAGGCACGUGCAACUUGAAGGGAUAGCAGGAAUACGGACUUACUUGUCGGCUUUGACCAGAAAGUAUCAUGCCGCUUGUCUGGUGGACUGGAUCCUGAAAUCCAAGCAAGUGCUGGGUCCAACUCGACAUCCCUGGUGUGCACCUUGGUCCGUGAUAGUGCUUCCUCUGAAGCAGAAACCAGACAACGCCAACGACUGCCUAGCAUGUUUAGACAGGUCGAGCUUUCCCCCCAUGCAGACUGUUCUUGCAACCCACCCUCUGGUUUAGGUGCAUGUAUCUUCGUAAACCCAGAAACUACUGACGCUUGUACUCUGCUCUAGUACGGUUCCAAGGCCU